CUCUCCACCCUCCUCCGUGGGCCCCACCACCUCCACCCCCCUCCCUCCCUCCUUAAAACUAUCCCCAAUCCCAUCGCCUCGCUUGUGCGAAUGAAAAGAUUUCAAGAAAUCCAACCAAAAAUCUCGCGCUCUCCUCUCCUCCUCCUCCGCAUGAGCUCAUCGGCGUUGGCGUUGGCCUGUCGUCUCCGGGAGGAGUAGUGCAGGCGGCGGCGGGGAAUUCCGAAACGGAGUUUGUUCGUUUUGGAGCGGAGUGGUGAGGUGAGUCGUCGAGAUGGGGGAGUGCAAGGUGGGAGGAGGAGGCGGAGGCGGAGACUGCUUGAUCAAGCUGUUCGGGAAGACCAUCCCCGUGCCAGAGCCCGGCGCCUGCGCCGCCGGCGAUGUUGAUAAGGACCUUCAACACAGUGGCAGCAGCACGACUGAACCGAAAACUCAAGAGAACACCGUUCAAGACUCCACAAGUCCACCUCCGCAGCCAGAGGUCGUCGACACCGAGGACUCUUCAGCUGAUAAGAACUCAUCAGAGAAUCAGCAGCAGCAGGGCGAUACGGCCAACCAGAAGGAGAAGCUGAAGAAGCCUGACAAGAUCCUGCCGUGCCCCCGGUGUAGCAGCAUGGACACCAAGUUCUGCUACUACAACAACUACAACAUCAACCAGCCGCGCCACUUCUGCAAGAACUGCCAGAGGUACUGGACAGCGGGUGGUGCCAUGCGCAACGUGCCUGUGGGUGCAGGCCGACGCAAGAGCAAGAGCGUAUCGGCCGCUUCCCAUUUCCUCCAGAGGGUCAGGGCUGCUCUGCCCGGUGAUCCUCCUCUCUAUGCCCCAGUGAAGACUAAUGGCACCGUUCUCAGCUUCGGCUCCGACCUGUCCACCUUAGACCUCACAGAACAAAUGAAGCAUCUAAAAGAUAAGUUUAUCCCAACAACCGGUAUCAAGAACACCGACGAGAUGCCAGUCGGUUUGUGUGCUGAAGGAUUGUCGAAAACAGAAGAAUCGAACCAAACGAACCUAAAGGAGAAAGUUUCAGCAGAUAGAUCUCCAAAUGUUGCACAACACCCAUGCAUGAACGGAGGAGCCAUGUGGCCAUUUGGCGUGGCACCACCACCUGCUUAUUACACUUCAAGCAUUGCAAUUCCAUUCUAUCCAGCUGCAGCAGCUGCUGUUGCUGCAUACUGGGGCUGCAUGGUUCCAGGAGCUUGGAACGCUCCAUGGCCACCGCAGUCCCAAUCCCAAUCGGUUUCAUCAUCAAGUGCUGCUUCUCCAGUAUCCACAAUGACCAACUGCUUCAGAUUAGGAAAGCACCCUAGAGAUGGUGAUGAGGAACUGGAUAGCAAGGGUAAUGGCAAGGUGUGGGUGCCGAAGACGGUUCGGAUCGACGAUGUCGACGAGGUGGCCAGGAGCUCUAUCUGGUCGCUUAUUGGGAUCAAGGGUGACAAGGUGGGAGCAGAUCAUGGCAGAGGAUGCAAGCUUGCAAAGGUUUUUGAGUCAAAGGAUGAGGCAAAGGCAUCAACUCACACAGCGAUCAGCAGCUUGCCAUUCAUGCAGGGGAACCCGGCUGCCCUAACACGCUCGGUGACCUUCCAAGAGGGAUCUUGACUUGAACAACGCCUUGGAAAUUUUUAUGCUGCCUUCUGCUGCUAUAAAGACAUAGCGUGAUACAGCUGAAAUUUUGUACAUUAGAGGAUUGUAAAGUAGGUAUGGGAGAUGGAGUGUCAGGGUGUAUAACUUAACAUAGCUACAAGCAAGCCCAGUAGCUGUAUUAGAUAACUUGUACAUAGCUAUGUGGGUUUGAGAAAGAUAGGGAGAGCAAGUUCCCCUUAUAAUAUGUAGAUAAAUAAUAUAAUGAUUUGAAUAUUUAGAUCAAAAGGAUUUCCUUUUGCAGUAGUAUCUGAAUAAUUCGUCGCUGUCUGAUUCCAGUGUAUUAAACCAGUCCCACUGUAGCCCUGGAAAUGUGAUACUUUUCUGCAUAUA